AGUGAAUACAUGUGGGAAAAGAUUUUCACAGGAAUAACGAAGGGCACGAGUACAUUUAGCACCAAUCAGGUGUACCGCCCUGUAAAAUUAAGGUUUAAUCAUUACCCAUAACUCCUUUGAAGAAAGCUAAACCUUGCUCCUCAUAUCUCAGUUGAAACAGAAGUACUGUAGUGUUGAUUGCCCUUUAGUCAUGCAGUCCGUCGUGUCAAAUGUGAAGAACUUUUCUGUGGAAUACAACCUAACUCACCGAAGCAAUGUGUUCAGCAGCGGGGAUUACAUUACGGGACGUGUUGCAUUCGAAGUGACAAAAGACUGCAAAAUAGAUUCGCUGUGGGUCAAGAUGAAAGGAAAAGCAAAAGUCAGAUGGUUUGAACAUUAUGGAAAAACAGUUGUGGUAUACAAAAACAAAGAGAAAUACUUCAGUAUCAAGACAUUUAUCUUUCAGGAUGGCUAUGGUAAUAAUCUUGUCACUCGUGGUUCCCACACGUACCCAUUCACCUUUCAAAUUCCCCAACUAAACCUGCCGUCGUCAUUCAAGGGCUCACAUGGAAAAAUCAAGUACACUUUGGAGGCAAAUCUGCGCAGGUCGAUGAGAACCGACUGCAAAGCCAAAACUCAUUUCCGUGUCAUUAAUAAAAGACACAGUGACAUGUUUUUGACGUCUCCACAGCAAGGCAUCACUGAGAAGAAAAUGAACUUCUUCUCUUCAGGAACAGUUCAAAUGGAAGUAAAUAUCGAGAAAACUGGCUUCUUUCAAGGUGAAGGCAUUAAGGUGGUGGCCUAUAUUCUAAACCGAUCAUCUCGCGGCAUCAGGCCCAAGUACUGCUUGUAUAAGAAAUACAGCUAUUUUGCAAGUAGCAAGAGGAGAGUUGAAACCAAGAACAUCAUAAAAGAGGUGGGCGAGUCCAUCCCUCCUUCUGCAGGUCACUCUGUAACCAGGAUCAUCAGCAUCCCUCCCACUACAUGUCCGUCCAUCUUAAACUGUAACAUCAUCAAAGCAGAGUACCGACUCAAGGUGUACCUCGACGUCAAGUAUGCCUUAGACCCGGAGAUCAAGUUCCCAAUAGUUGUCUUGCCAUCUCUCCAGGGAUCUGUUGAGCAGCAAUUGCCCACGAAGCCUGGCUUUGAACACAAUUCAAACAUGGGUGGGAACAUGAACUUCAUGCAAGAGCCAAACUCACCACCUCCCCCACUCUAUGAGGAUUGCAUGAUGUACCAACCCACGACUGGUUUGAAUGGGAAAUCUUAG